CGGGCCGGGCUGAGCCGCGCCGGCACCCGCGGCCAUGAGCUACGAGCAGCGCCGUGACUGGGGCCGCGGUCGCGGCCGGGGCCGGGGCCACGGCAGCGAUGGCGGCGCCGCCGCCGCCUCCUCCGCGGCGGGCGGCGGAGGCGGCGGGCGGGGACGGCACCCCAGCCACCUGAAGGGCCGCGAGAUCGGGCUGUGGUACGCCCGCAGGCAGGGCCAGAAGAGCCGGGACGCCGACCGGCAGCAGAGAGCUGUGGUGCGCAUGGACGAGCGCCGGGAAGAGCAAAUCGUGCAGCUGCUGAAUUCUGUCCAGACUAAAAACGACAAAGAGCAAGAAGCCAUGUCCUGGUGGUCUGGGGAUGAAGAAGGCCCUGCUCCAGAACAGCCUGCCAAAGUGAAACCAGAUGCUGAGAAAGCUCCUGUGAGACAGAUACCAACCUGGGAAAAAACAUCCCUGGAUUUGGAUGUGGAAUUCCUCUGUGAAAAAACCGAGCAGGAUGCUGAUUUAGAUGAACAACUUAAAGAAGACUUAAUGAAGAAGAGAUCUGAUCCCAGAUAUAUUGAAAUGCAGAGAUUCCGAGAGAAGCUGCCCUCAUACGGGAUGAGAGAGGAGCUGGUGAGGCUGAUCAACAGCAACCGCGUGACGGUGAUCAGCGGCGAGACGGGCUGCGGCAAGACCACGCAGGUGACACAGUUCAUCCUGGACGACCACAUCGAGCGUGGCCUGGGCUCCACCUGCAGGAUCGUGUGCACACAGCCCCGCAGGAUCAGCGCCAUCUCCGUGGCUGAGAGAGUGGCUGCAGAGAGGGCAGAGAGCUGUGGCAAUGGCAGGAGCACGGGGUACCAGAUCCGCCUGCAGAGCCGCUUGCCAAGGAAACAAGGUUCCAUUUUGUACUGUACCACGGGAAUUGUCCUGCAGUGGCUCCAGUCAGAUAAGCACUUGUCCAGCAUCAGUCAUGUAGUUCUUGAUGAAAUCCAUGAAAGAAAUCUUCAAUCAGAUGUUUUAAUGAGCAUUAUUAAAGAUCUUCUGAAUGUUCGGCAGGAUCUGAAAGUCAUACUGAUGAGUGCUACUUUAAAUGCAGAGAAGUUUUCCGAGUACUUUGACCAUUGCCCAAUGAUUCACAUCCCUGGGUUCACUUUCCCAGUGGUGGAAUAUCUGCUUGAAGAUGUCAUUGAGAAGUUGAGGUACACCCCGGAGAAGACGGACCGCCGGCUGCACUGGAGGAGAGGCUUCAUGCAGGGCCACAUGAGCAGGCCAGAGAAGGAGGAGAAGGAGGAGAUCUACAGGCAGCAGUGGCCGGGUUACCUAAGGCAGCUGCAGGGCAGGUAUUCAGCAAGCACAAUCAGUGCCUUGGAAAUGAUGGAUGAUGACAAGGUGGACCUGGACCUUAUAGCAGCACUGAUCAGACACAUUGUGCUGGAAGAGGAGGAUGGUGCAAUUCUGGUGUUUCUGCCAGGCUGGGAUAACAUCAGCACUUUGCAUGAGCUCUUGAUGUCUCAAGUCAUGUUUAAGUCAGAUAGGUUUAUUAUCAUCCCUUUGCAUUCACUGAUGCCUACUGUUAACCAGACUCAGGUGUUCAAGAAGACCCCGCCAGGAGUCAGGAAAAUUGUGAUUGCCACCAACAUUGCAGAAACCAGCAUCACGAUUGAUGACGUGGUGUUCGUUAUAGAUGGGGGGAAAAUAAAGGAGACUCACUUUGACACCCAGAACAACAUCAGCACCAUGGCUGCAGAGUGGGUCAGCAAAGCCAAUGCCAAGCAGAGGAAGGGUCGAGCAGGAAGGGUUCAGCCAGGCCACUGUUACCAUCUGUACAACGGGCUGCGUGCCAGCCUGCUGGAUGAUUAUCAGUUACCAGAGAUCCUGAGGACACCCUUGGAAGAACUCUGCUUACAAAUCAAGAUCCUGAGGCUUGGUGGAAUUGCCUAUUUUCUGAGCAAACUGAUGGACCCCCCCUCUCGUGAUGCUGUGAUGUUGGCCAUAAAUCACCUCAUGGAGCUGAAUGCUCUGGACAGGCAGGAGGAGCUGACUCCCCUGGGUGUGCACCUGGCACGGCUGCCCGUGGAGCCACACAUCGGGAAGAUGAUCCUGUUUGGAGCCUUGUUCUGCUGCCUGGACCCCGUGCUGACCAUUGCAGCCAGCCUCAGCUUCAAGGACCCUUUUGUCAUCCCUCUGGGCAAAGAGAAAAUCGCAGAUGCAAGAAGAAAGGAGCUGUCAAAGAACUCGAAAAGUGACCAUCUGACUGUGGUGAAUGCCUUCACUGGCUGGGAAGAGGCUCGGAGCUGUGGUUUCAGGAAUGAGAAGGACUAUUGCUGGGAAUAUUUCCUGUCCUCAAAUACCAUGCAGAUGCUGCAUAACAUGAAAGGGCAGUUUGCUGAGCAUCUCCUUGCAGCUGGAUUUGUGAAUAGUAGAAACCCCAAGGAUCCCAAAUCUAACACCAACUCAGGUAAUGAGAAGCUGCUCAAAGCAGUCAUCUGUGCUGGCCUCUACCCCAAAGUGGCAAAGAUCCGGCCCAGCUUCAGCAAAAAGAGAAAAAUGGUGAAAGUUUGCACCAAGACAGAUGGAUCAGUCAAUAUCCAUCCCAAAUCAGUGAAUGUGGAGGAGACAGAGUUCCAUUAUAACUGGCUGGUGUACCAUUUGAAGAUGAGGACCAGCAGUAUUUACCUGUAUGAUUGUACGGAGGUGUCUCCAUACUGCCUCUUGUUCUUUGGAGGGGAUAUAUCCAUUCAGAAGGAUAAGGACCAGGACACCAUCGCUGUGGAUGAGUGGAUUGUUUUCCAGUCUCCAGAAAAAAUAGCAAACUUGGUCAAGAAACUGCGAAAAGAACUGGAUGACCUUCUACAAGAGAAAAUAGAAAGCCCCCAUCCCGUGGACUGGGACGACAUCCAGAGCAGGGACACAGCGGUGCUGACGGCGAUCAUAGACUUGAUCACCACGCAGGAGAACGAGGGCGUGCGGAACUUCGCGCCGCGCUUCCAGGGCGAGCGCUACAGCUGACGCUGAGACCCUGACCGGCCGCGCCUCCUCUGCACCUCCCUCGGGCCAGGCAGCCACUUCUGGGGGAGCCGGAGCUUUCCUGGUGCUGAGGAGCCGCUGCCUGGGGCUGGGGGGCAGCUGGGUGUGUGCAUGCGCUCUGUGCGGCUUCGGGAGGGACACAGAGGCAGCUGCUGGAUGGUGUAAGGUUCUUGUCUGCUGUAGCUGUUUUCUUUAGGAUUUUUACCCAUCAGGUAACAGAUACUUAAAAACCCUGCUAAAAUACUGCUUAGUAAUACCUAAACUGUUUUGGGUUUUUUUUUUUCUUUUAAUGGGGUGUGGUGAGUAAUUACACUUGCUGUGUUAUUCCAGCUGUGCAGCAGUCUGCUCACCAGUAUUCCACAGAAGGUAAUUACAGCUUAAUUUAACUAAACUUGAAAACACUUGUUGAAUUUGUACGGUGGGAGGAAACAAUCUUCAGAAAUUCUUCUCCUUUUCUGCAUUUCAUCCCAUUUAAUUAAUCUUCCUUUGUCUUCUGUCCCCAUCCAUCAUCACUACUGACUGAAAUAGCAGAUUGCAGAAAGCAUGGGUAGAUGAAGGUCAUGUUGGGUUAUGUGUUAAGGGUUCAUUGCAUUGGAGGCUUUUUUUUUGUUUUUUGUUUUGUAUUUUUUUAAAGAAGUUCAUGUAUGGGUUAUAGUAUUCCAUUAAGUCUUUUUUUCAACUGUUCUCAAUGUUUUGAAUGUUCUGUUUUGAAUGGUCUCCAGCUAUGGAAGAUUAUUUGAAUAACAAAGUUUGUUAAGGAUUUUGAGGUUUAUCUUUGAGAAGAAAAACCUGGAAAUAUAACUUUUCUCCCUUC